AUGUCUACACGCCCCUCUGACAGAGAGCGAGAUAAUGACCGAAGCUGGUACAGAGAUGGUAAACGAUACGACGACAAGGAUGUCACACGCCUGAAACGAGAGGACGGACAUGACACGGACCGAGCAGUGACUGGCUCUCAAAGCCGCCGUGCGGAUGACGAAGCCCGGAGUACACAGUACGAGAAGGCGUCACGGUCAAACGACGAUAAUCAGUCUAGUCGUGACGGGAAUUCUCGGUAUCGCCGCUCUCAAAGAGACGACGAGCGCUUCACGAGCGUUUCUUUAUCGAGGGGAGAUAAAACAGAGAAAUGGGGGCACGAUCAGUACGAGCGCGACAUGUACCAAGAGUCGCGUCGUUCUCUUGCGGCGGUCUCUCAUGGCCGUUCAAGCCUAACUAUCGAGACGAAGGAAGAGUCAAAUUGGUCAGUUAGGCGAUCUACGACACCGGGAUAUAAAGACUCGAAGCGCACGCGCGCUGACACACCAGAGUAUGAUUAUCGCGAUCGGAAAGACAAGGUGCUCGAUCGCCCGCAUACGGUCAGCAUCCCUAAGCCGUCAAUAGUUCAUUCUUCUGAUGUUCGGACGCGUGCUAUCAGUCCCUCACCACCACCUACGCGCUCCUCCGGGGUGCGCUCGCAUGACGACUAUGAUCGCACGAAACGACGUUCCCGCUCACCACGUCGUCGUGACGACUCUCCUGAGGCACGGUCGCGCAGACGUCGUGAUGAUAGCGACUCGGAGGACUCUGACAGCUCGGACCCAGAGUACGAGAGACGUCCCAAGUCUUCCGGUGGAAACAAGGAUAGCAAGAGAGAUAGGGAGCGCCGGAAGGAGAGAGAAAGAGAGAAGAGGAAGGAGAAGAAGAAGGCGAGAAAAGAAUCGGACAAGGAUGAGAGACGCAGCGUCCUGACGGGCAAGAAGAUCAAGCUCAAGGUGCACAAGGAUGCUGAGGAUGUCGAGCGCGACAAGAGACGAGAGAAUCUGUUGCAGUUCCUUAAUUCGGCGUAUGACUGA